UAUAUAAUAGUAAUACCCAAGAAUUGCGCCACACUCUCUCUCCAAAACCCCAAACCCUAGAUUCCCCAAUUCCAUCCCUCUUGUCGUAAUUCUACCUCAGCUCGUAACCAAGUAGUGGAAUCAGUGAAACCCUAUGGCUGAUGCUGAAGUUGAUCAGAACAUAGAGGAACAUGAGGAGGAGGAAGAAGAGGAAGAGGAAGAACAAGACCAAGACCAAGACCAAGUGAUAGAGAACGUGGAGCAUGAGGAAAACGAAGGGCAGGAGGUGGCGGAGGAGGAGCCCGUCGCGGAGGCUGCAGCAGCACCACCACCACCACCAGAAGUAGCAGCACCAGCAGGGGGAACUGGUGGUGAUGGCGGCGGCGGCGAGAAGAAGUGGCCCGGGUGGCCAGGCGAGAGUGUGUUCCGUAUGUUAGUUCCUGCGCAGAAGGUUGGAGGUAUUAUUGGACGUAAAGGAGAGUUCAUUAAGAAGAUUGUGGAGGAGACACGUGCUCGCAUUAAGAUUCUUGAUGGUCCUCCUGGAACUUCUGAAAGGGCUGUAAUGGUAUCAGGAAAAGACGAGCCUGAUUCAUCUCUUCCUCCUGCUGUGGAUGGCUUAUUGAGAGUUCAUAAGAGGCUUCUUGAUGGUUUAGAGAAUGAUUUCUCCCAUGCUUCUUCAGGUGUGGCCGGGAAGGUUUCUACAAAAAUAUUGGUGCCAGCAUCACAAGCAGGAAGUUUAAUUGGGAAGCAAGGAGGAACUGUAAAAUCUAUCCAAGAAGCAUCAAAUUGUAUAGUUAGGGUUUUUGCAGAAGACCUUCCUGUUUUUGCUCUUCAAGAUGAUAGGGUGGUUGAAGUACUAGGGGAUCCCACUGGGGUUCACAAGGCAAUUGAACUUAUUGCAUCCCAUCUAAAGAAGUUUUUAGUUGAUCGCUCUGUAAUUCCAAUUUUUGAAAUGAAUAUGCAAAUGGCAAAUCCUCAUCGAGUGGAGCACAUGCCACCUCACCAAUCAUGGGGUCCACCUCAGGGUCUUCCUCCAAAUGCCGGUGGAGGUCCUGGUUUUGUACCUACUCCUCAAUACAUGCCACCUCCGCGACCACUUGAUAGUUACUAUCCCCCAGCUGAAAUCCCACCUCCAGUGGAGAAACAGCCCCAUCACGGUAUAUCUGCCUAUGGAAGAGAUUCUUCAAUAGGUGUUCAUGCGUCUUCAAAUACUCAAUCUGCACCUUCUAUAGUGACUCAGAUCACACAGCAAAUGCAAAUUCCCCUAUCUUAUGCCGAUGCUGUUAUUGGAACAGCUGGAGCAAAUAUAAGUUACAUUAGACGGGCUAGUGGAGCUACGGUUACUAUACAAGAAACAAGAGGUGUUCCGGGAGAGAUGACAGUUGAAAUUAGUGGAACCGCUUCUCAAGUCCAAACUGCCCAGCAAUUGAUACAGAAUUUUAUGGCGGAAGCUGGAGCACCAACAGCGGCGGCAGCAGCAACAGGGCAGCAGCCACAAACAGGGGGACCUGGUGCAGAUCAAGGAUAUAAUUCUUAUCAGGCUCAUAGUUCUGUUUAUGCAUCUCCACCAUCCAACCAAGGCCAUACCGGAGGCUAUGGCUCAGUUUAUGGUGCGAACUAUGGCUACUGAGCUGAGCAGUUCUACAAAAUCUGCUCAUUGUUGAAAGUGUAGAAUGCCGGGAACUGAUUGAUGUAAUAAUUUGACGAACAAGGACGCUCUGCUAAAUUAUGCUUCUUUUUCUUCCUCCCUCCAUUUUUCUGAAUCCUUAUGAAUGUGAUUUUUGUAUGGCGCUAGCUUUCUGUUUGUAAUUCUAGUCAUUUGGAAAUACUACACACACUAUCCAUGGCCUGAUGUAUUAUUUACUUGUUUUGGAAAGUUGGUGCACCUAUGACCAUAUGAUGAUACUUGCUCUGCGUCAA